AUGUCCACGCCAUCGCAGGACGCUCGUCGUGAGACCCUGCGAGGCGAGGAGCACCGUCCCCUCCUCGGCCCCGAUGGUGAGGUCUUAUCCAGCGACAGUGACUCUGACCCUCACCCGCGACGAUGGGCGGCCUCCUCCUGGGUCCGCACCGGCACCAUCACCCUCGGCCUCCUCCUGGCCAGCGCCCUGCUGGUGUUGGUCUUCUUCUCCGUCGGCCUGGCCAUCCCCGGCCUCCCCCACCCCCCCGGCAAAAAGCCCCCUGCCCCCCGCGGUCCCAUCAAGAACGUCGUCGUCUUGGUCCAGGAGAACCUCUCGUUCGACGCCUUCGCCGGCGGCCUGACCUACAGCCCCCACAUCGACGGCCUCGUCAACCGCUCCUUCUGCAACCCCGCCAACAUCAACCACCCCCAUCCCCCCCACCCCCAGGUCUGCGCCAAACCCACCGCGAAGAAUGUCGCCCCCGACGACCCCGACCACUCCAUCGCCGGCGGCUCCAUGCAGAUCUACGGCACCUACCACCCCGACAAUGCCAGCCCCCCCGCCAUGCAAGGCUUCGUCACCGAGCAGAUCCGCGCCCACCGCAUCAAGGCCGACCUCUCGCGCGCCGCCGAGGUCAUCAACUACUACCCCCCCGACCACGUCCCCGUCUUCAGCGCCAUGGCCGAGAACUUCGUGCUCUUCGACCGCUGGUUCGCCAGCGUCCCCGGCCCGACCAACCCCAACCGCGCCUACCUGACCUCCGGCACCAGCCACGGCCACGGCAUGAACGACCUCGCCUUCCUGACCUCCGCCCUGCCCCAGCCCUCCAUCUUCGAGCAGCUGUCCGACGCCCACAUCGACUGGGUCAACUACUCCAACACCUCGUGGUUCCUCCCGGACGCCCUCUUCUACCGGUGGACCGUCCGCUCCGGCAAGAGCGCGACCCACGUCAAGCCCCUCGACCAGUUCUACCGCGACGCCCGCGCCGGCACCCUGCCGCCCUUCACCUGGAUCAACCCGGAGUGCUGCCAGUACACGUCCUUCCACCCCCCGUCGCCCAUCAACAUGGGCGAGGCCUUCCUCAAGAGCAUCUACGAGGCCCUGCGCGCGUCCCCGCAGUGGAACGAGACCCUCUUCAUCCUGACCUUCGACGAGCACGGCGGGUUCGCCGACCACGUCGCCCCCCCGCAGGACGUGCCCCCGGGCGACGCCCGCACGUACCGGGAGCGGGCGCCGGACGGGUCGGAGAUCGAGUUCAAGUUCGACCGGCUGGGCGUCCGGGUGCCGACCGUGCUGAUGUCGCCGUGGGUGGGCCGGGGGGUGGUGCAGAACCGGCCGACCGACCAGCCCAACGACUUCUCGCACACCUCCAUCCUGAAGUACGUGGCCGAGCUGUGGGAUCUGCCGGUGCUGACGCCGCGCGUGGCCUGGUCGCCCAGCUUCGGGGGGUUGAUCACCGAUACCUGGCGGGAGACGCCGGAGAAGCUGCCCGAGCCGGCUGUUUUUUAG